AAUGUGUAAGAAGAAAAUCACAACAAUAAUAUUGUACGGUCUCUCUUUUUUUUUUUUUGAUUCUUCUUCCUCUCUUGAGUUGAGAGAAAAUGGAAGAAAUGAGGAAGAAAGAAGAUGAGAAGGCGGCGAAGGAAGUGACUACGACGACGACGAUCGUCGCCGGAGAGGACGACGAGUAUACGCCUGAUGAAAUCAUGAAGCUCGUUGAGUCUUCUUCACCGACAAUGACGACGACGGAUAUCGAAGGAACUAACUUUUCCGGCGAGGGGGGUUUCAAAGUGAGGUUUAUCGACGAUCCGUACGCGGUUCCGGUGGUUGUUCAGUCAUCUUCCGGUUACAUCACGAUCAAUGUCAACGAAGAGAGCUGUGGUCCGUCGUUUUCAGACAGCGACUCUUCCGUCAUGGCAAGCGUCGACGCAAGUGGGUUAUUCGGUUGCUGUUUCGAAUACGGAGGAGAGAAAGGCGGCGCGUGGAGUACAAACGAGGUGAGAGCGAGUGAGUAUGAGUGGAACGACGAUAUGUUGGCGAGGUUUCUAGGUGAAGACUGUGUUUGACCGUUUUGUCGUAUUUUGGAGAAAGCAUUAUAUUAGGGGUAGUUUCGUCAUUUUGAUGGACGGUAAUUAUGGGAGAAAAGUGAAAAUGAUUUACACGUUGUUAAUAGGAGGAAGAAAAAUGGAAAAAUCAGUAAAUGGUAGUAGUAGUAGAGUAGGGCUAGUUAGUAGUUAAGUGGUUUUAAUGUGACCAUUUUGGUAAUUUCGUCACAUUGCGGUACUAAUUCCUCAAAUAGGGUUUUAUUUAGGGUCUAUUUUGUAAAUAUGAAACUAUUAAACCCCUAAGUAAAGUGAAUGCUUUAUUCACAAAUCAAUCCCUAUCAUUUUA